AAUUAAUGUGUUUUCAUCGAUCGGAUCGCAAGAAACAUAACGUUGAGACCUGUAGUAAUUAAAUCUGUCUCUUUUGUCCACUUUUGACCACUUCUGUCCUGAUUACUUUGAGGGACAAAAGAUUGCGCAACUUUCACACGCUAGCAAAAUGAAACUAUGCGGAAAUCAGCCGCUUUAGUUUUAUCAAUGAAAGGCUAAAAUAGCGCAAAAUACUCAGAAAAGACGUAAAACAUUGUGUUCAGUACCUCAGAUUAGAUAAAUGGGCGGAGAGAAUGCGUUCUCCUGUGGCUGUUCAAACACAUUCAACCCAUAGACUGCAGUUCUAUCUAUUGUUUUAUUUCCGCUGUCAUCAUAGGUAACAUGAAAUUAAAAAUGUUUCCACACACCAGACUUAUACGACCCUGGUGCAUCCUCCAACUCCGGGCAGACUUCCUUUUCUCUACCACUUGACAUUUCUACACGUAAUAACCUGCAGCACUUACACUCCAAACCAGUGACCUCUUAUUUUGCGCGACACGCUUUCUGAGGUCACAUACAGGGCAUGAGGCUACAUUGCGCAUACCAUGAACCGUUGAACCGUGCGACGCACACGCGCUCCGAACCGAGACAAGCGAACCAAACAGUUUUUUCAUGAACCGUGCCACCCCUAAUAAAAGAUGUAACUGUAUGUUGUCAACUUGUUUAUUUAAUGUCUAGAAGAAUGAGUGCUGUUUUUAAAAAAAGAAUGGAGGCCAUACAAAAUAUUAGAUAGGUUUUUUAAAGAAUCUUUUUAGGGUGUACUCAUUUUUGCAUCACCUCAUUUGAUUUAAAUGUGUUAUUUUUCGUAUCCUUAAAGGGCCAUUUCACCGAUAGGAACAUUAAUCUUUAUGGAAAGUGAGUCAUAUUUGUAGUCAAAAUGUAACAUAAAUGUAGAAUUUUGUGCCUAUUUGACCGAGAAAAGACAAAAUGUGUCUUUAGAGCACAUUUGUAUGAAAAACUACAACUACCACUAUGCACCACAAUGCACAGCUCUGCAAGCCACUCCCAUUAAUCGGAACACGGCUCAGAUAUGAUAUUGUGUACAUAAAUGCCACGUUAGUAAAACAAAGAAAAUAGCCACCACCACUGUGUCUGACAGACACCAAUCAUGAUUUACUUUUAAACGUGAUGUUUCAUUGUGUUACACACAAUAACACUCUGGCCUGGUGUGUAGCAAAGUCUUAUUCAAACAGUAACGUGCGGUUUCAGAUCUGCAGUACAAAUGUCUUUUCAAGUACUUAAAAAAGGGUAUGCAUUUUGUGUUGAUAUGUGAUAGAAAUAAUGUGUGCUGGCUCCUUUAAGAGACUGUCACUUAAUGAUGAUGUCAUCAGUGUCAGACUAGUUCUAGUUAGUUGUUUAUGGGAAGCCAUCAAGCCCUCAUGGUAGCUCUGCUAAUCUUAAUUCAUCUGCUACAUUUCAUGUCCUUUCGAAGGCAUUGUUGUUUUACCCUACUUCCAGUCAGCCAUUAAACAAAGUGAAUUUGAUGUCUGCUUCAAUGUGGUGAUUGGUAGAGGAGUUGUCUGUCUGUCAACUGAUGCAAGGCGUAUUAGGGUGGCAGAAUAGUAAAACAACACCUUCAUGCAGACUGAUCUACAGCAGAAAAGGUCAGAGUGCCUCCUUGUGGCGAAAGACAGAAAAGCAAUUAUAUGACACAAAAUUGGAUCAUGGAAGAUUCAAAGACCCCAGCUCAUAGCACUUUGGUGACUUGGUCUAAUCGGUCCACGACAUCCAAACAAUCAAAAGGCUCUUCUGUCAGCUCUGCUGUUGCCUUAGCCCUUGCUGAAGCUGAAGAAGCCAAAGUUAAAGUAAAAUAUGCAGAGAAAGAAAUGCAUAUAAAGAUGCAAAGUGCACACUUGGACGCAGAAAAGGCCCGUUUAGAGGCAAAAUUAUUUGUCUUAGAUGUUGAAAGGAAAGCUGCUGCUGCGGUAGCUAAGGCUGAAGCACUAACUGCAGCUUUAAGUUGUGAUAAAGAAUCAAGUCAUAAAUCUGAUAUUGAACACAGAUCUGGCUCUCAUGAUUCUAUUCGAAGAACGCAAGAGUAUGUUCAAGAACAAGCUAGACUGCAAGCUAACGCCCAGUUAGGUCAAUCUGAGAUGUUUGAGGAUGCAUGGCCACCGCCGCCACCAGCAGAAUUAUUUCAAGAGAAUUUGACAGAACGGCCAUCAUAUGAAGUUGAGGGUUUGGACACACAAAAAGACUACAGAUGUUAUGAUACCUCUAAAGUCAUUCUUGAAGCUGAGUCGCAUCCCCCUGGUGCUCAUUCAAACACUUCUGCUGGUUACGCUCUCUAUCCUGAUGGGUAUUACUCUACUCAACCUCCAUAUGUAAAAUCCUCUCCUGCCACCAAGGAAGAACACGAUCCUUACCUAUGUAAUAUAAGGCCGCCUGAUGAGACAUACCACAUGCCCACCUAUUCACAUUCUAUCAUGCAGUCAUCAGGAAGAGUUCCAAAUGCCCACAGUUAUCCACAAGUUAAAUCAUAUGCUGCAACUCCAUCCCAACAUGUCCAAUUUCGAGCUAGUACCCCUGAUGUAAAUCAGAGUGUUUCCGAUCUCGUCAGAUUCAUGGCACGGUGAGAGAUUGUCUCAACA